AUUUUCCCCGAAAGCCAUAGUAAUGCUCCACCUCUCCCUCGUUGGCGUCACCCUAAGGCACAUGGUCCUCACUGAGGGUGAUGUAGUUACAAAACCCUCUACCCCUACGAUCACUUUCUUCAUGCAUGACAUCAUUGGUGGAUCAACCCCUUCGGAAAGAAUCGUGGCUGGCACCAUUGUGAACACUCAAACCAGUAACCUUCCUUUCUCAAAACCCAAUAAUAGGGUCUUCCCCUUCAAAGGUGCCAUACCAUUAGUUGAUACUAGCACUUCCACUAAUGUUCCUACACACACAAGCACCAUGGUGGUGAAAAACAUCGACAAAAACAAGGUCGUUAUCGAUAGGAACUCGAACUCCAUUCCACUAACACUUGAGAAGUUUUUGUUUGGAAGAAUAACGGUUAUUGACGAUGAAAUAACAAAAGGGCACGAGUUGGGGUCAGGGGUCAUUGGUAAAGCACAGGGUUUUCACUUGGCUAGCUCAUUGGAUGGAAGUAGCAGAACCAUGGCAUUUACAGCUUUAUUUCGUGGUGAAGGUGAUGAUGACGAUGAUGGUGCUGUUAGUUUCUUUGGGGUGCAUAGAACGGCUAUACAGGAGUCUUAUAUUGCUGUUGUUGGAGGAACUAAAAAAUAUGAUAAUGCAAAAGGGUAUGCGAAAAUUGAGACUGUACUUUCACCUGAACAGCACACGACAAAUGGGGUGGAAACACUUCUUCAGAUUAGUGUCUACAUAAGCUAGAUUGCUGUGCUUUUUUUCAUUGACAUAUUGUUUAUGGUGGAAUUAGUUUAGAGAUUCUUUUACUUCAAACUAGCACGAUAAGCGUUUCAAUUUAGGUAUAUUGUGCUUUGAGUUUUACGGGAUGAGACAAAAGUGGAUUAGGAAGGUUAAUGGUUACUUGUUUCUAAAGAUUCUUCAAUAAUUAACAAGCAAUAAUUUCCAUACACAUAAAUACUAA